AUGGACACAUGCAUUCAGACUAUUGAGAAUUCACUUAAACUUCAUAACUAUGGUGUACAUGAAGGGUUUCUGAGAUCAGCGCUUGGAAAUGCACUGGAACGAUAUGACCUUCAAACAUACAACUGGGUUAGAUUCGCGACAGUGUAUCUUCAAACAGGUCAUGAGUUUUCCUGGGCUGCUAAGGAAAUUGAUAAAGCUGUUGCUAACUCUAAAUACCUCAGUGGCAAUGAAUUUUCUCUAUCAGACUUGGCCAUCUGGAUUUUACUUGAAAUUAAUCCGCAGUGGAGAGAACCUGAUAACAGUUUAAAAUCGCUCGUCAAUUUCAAACGAUAUUAUGAUCAACUUAAUUCUCUCCCAACAAUUCAGAAGCUUAAAACAGAAAUUCAUAAAUCAAGAUUGGAACCAAGGGAACUGAUAAACAAUAUGGAACCCCUAAUGAAGUUGUUGGCAAAACUCAUGCCUCAGAUAUGCGAUUUGAGAAAGGAGGAAAAUUUGGAGAACUUCCUGGUGCAAAAUGGAUAUCUACAUAUUGGUCAUGCCAAAGCAGCCCUGCUAAAUCAGCAUUACAGAGAUAUUUUCAAAGGACGAUUAAUAUUACGUUUUGAUGAUACUAACCCAGAUAAAGAGAAAGAAUGUUUUGAAAAGUCUAUUCUCUCAGAUCUACCUCGAAUUGGUGUCUCUUGGGAUGUUAUAUCAUCAACAUCUGACUAUUUUGAUAAGAUGUUACAACUAUGCGAACAGUUAAUCAUAGAAGGGAAAGCUUAUGUGGACGAUACAGAUUUGGAAACUAUUCGUAUACAAAGAGAAGCUCGACAAAUCUCUGCUUGUAGAGAUAAUUCUAUUGAAAAAAAUUUAGCCUGGUGGGAAGAAAUGAAAAAUGGGACUGAACAAGGAUUGAAGUGUUGUGUCCGCGCUAAAAUUGAUAUGUCUUCUAAUAACGGAGCGUUACGUGAUCCCACUAUUUAUCGUUGUAAACUAGAACCACAUAUUCGUACAGGUUCAAAGUAUAAGGUGUAUCCACUGUAUGAUUUUGCUUGCCCAAUUGUGGAUAGCAUUGAAGGUGUGACUCAUGCUCUUCGAACGUCUGAGUACAAUGAUCGCAAUGAACAGUAUGCAUGGAUAUGUAACAGUUUAGGCAUACGUUGUCCAAUGGUAAUUGACUAUAGCCGUCUUGCACUUCAAAAUACAGUCCUAUCGAAACGCAAACUUACAUGGUUUGUAGAAGAAGGAAUUGUAGAUGGGUGGGAUGAUCCCCGAAUGCCUACAGUUUCUGGCAUCCUUCGACAUGGUAUGACAUCUGAAGGCUUACGACAAUUCAUUUUGGCUCAGGGAUCAAGUCGUUCAUCCGCUCUAAUGGAAUGGGAUAAAAUUUGGUCUUUUAAUAAGAAAAUUACUGAACCCAUAGCACCAAGAACUACCGCUCUUUUAUUGGAUCCUUCAUUUGAAGGUCAUGAUGGUACACCUCCCGGUCUGGUUCGGGUACGUGUUCAAGGUCAAUCAGAAUAUGUUGAAAAGCAGGUACCAAUCCAUCCGAAAAAUGAAUCUCUGGGGCAGCGUACUAUUUUACUCGGUCCAGAAGUGUUUGUUGAACAAGUUGAUGCAGAAUGCUUCAAGAAAGGCGAAAAUGUAACGUUUAUCAAUUGGGGUAAUCUUCGAAUUGUUGAUAUACAUAAGAAUGAUCAACUUAUAAUUGGAAUUGAUGCCCUCCUUAAUUUAGACGAUACUGAUUACAAGAAAACUCUCAAAGUCACUUGGUUAACCAAACCUUCAAAUUCACAUCCUCAACUAAUCCCAGUCAGUUGCCUAAUAUAUGACCAUCUUUUGAAUAAAGCAAUUUUGGGCAAAGAUGAAGACUUUAAACUAUACGUUAAUAAACAUUCAAAGAAAGAACAAUGCCUAAUUGGAGAUCCUGAUAUGCGUCAUGUCAAGAAAGGUGAUAUUAUACAGAUUCAACGUCGUGGUUUUUACAUUUGUGAUGCACCUUAUGAAUUAUCUUGUUCAGCUACCGGUCACGAGUCUCCUUGUGUUUUGAUUCAAAUCCCAGAUGGUUCUUCUAAGGAUGAAAUUGCUGUCACCAAGACUGAAUCUCAGGCUUGUUCUAAGUCAGGAUCUGUCAAGAGCAGUAAGGUUUCGAAAAAUACUGAAAUGACUCCAGAAGAGGCAGCCAAAGCAGCUGAACAACAGCGGAAGAAAGAAGAGAAAAAAGAAGCUCGGAAAGAGGGUAAGCUGAAAGCGAAACGAAAAUUGCUGGAAAAUGAGCCAGUAACAAUGAUAACACCAGUUGCUGAUGUUACAACAACAAAAGAUCAUCAGACUAACAAGCCAGCUAUAAAGAAGGUCGAUAAGCAAUUGAAUCACACGGGUGCAGAAUGUGAAGAACUGAAACAUGUUACAAAGAUGAAUGAAAACGAGAAAGAGAUUGUUAGUGGUAAACCUCGUGCUAAAAAACAGUCUAAAUUAGCUAUUGAAGCUUCGAAAGAAACAGUUUUCUCUGAAUGGUAUUCUGAACUGAUUACAAAAGCAGAAUUACUUGACUAUUACGAUAUAAGUGGGUGUUAUAUUAUACGACCAUGGGCUUACAAUAUGUGGCAAUCAAUUCAACGAUUUAUGGAUGAAAAACUAAAAUUGAUGGGUAUAGAAAAUGCUUAUUUUCCAAUGUUUGUUUCAAAAUCAGCUUUAGAGCGUGAAAAGAAUCAUGUAACUGAUUUUGCACCCGAGGUAGCCUGGGUGACAAAAUCAGGUGAUUCAGAUCUGACUGAACCAAUGCUAUUCGACCAACUAUGGAGUAAUGUUGUCCGUUGGGAAUUUAAACAUCCUCAACCUUUUCUACGUACACGUGAAUUUCUCUGGCAAGAAGGACAUACUGCCUUUGCAGAGAAAGCUGAAGCGGAGGCAGAAGUUCGUAUUAUACUUGAUCUUUAUGCUGAGGUUUAUGAAUACUUACUUGCAAUCCCUGUGGUCAAAGGCUGUAAAACUGAACGUGAAAAGUUCGCUGGUGCAGAUUAUACAACAACUGUAGAGAUUUAUAUUAGUGGAAAUGGACGUGCAAUUCAAGGUGCUACAUCUCAUCAUUUAGGACAGAAUUUUAGUCGUAUGUUUGAUGUGACUUAUGAUCAUCCAAUAACUGGAAAACCUGCUUAUGUUUACCAAAAUUCUUGGGGUAUUACUACCCGUACAUUAGGUGUUUUGAUUAUGGUGCAUAGUGAUGACAAAGGUCUUGUAUUACCACCACGGAUUGCACCUCAUCAGGUUGUAAUUGUCCCUUGUGGUAUUACUGUGAAGACAUCUGCUCUAGAAAGAGAAAGUCUACUGUCUGCUGCCCAUUCUGUGUUUCAGUUAUUGAGUAAAUCUGAUAAGAAUUUCCGUGUACACUAUGAUGAUCGAGAUAAUGUAUCUCCUGGAUGGAAAUUUAACCAUUGGGAAUUGAAAGGUGUGCCAAUUCGCUUGGAAAUUGGACCUCAAGAAGUAGCUGAAAAGAAAGUAUGCCUAGUGCUUAGACAUAAUUCAGAAAGAAUGAAUGUCCCAAUGGAUUCACUUAUAGAUCAUUUACCUCGUAUACUAGAUGAUAUUCAUAAUGCAAUGUUUAAGAAAGCUCUCGAUUCAUUAUGUAAUCAUGUGAUUGCUGUUAAAGAUAUGAAUGGAUUAUGUUCAGCUUUAGAUCAGAAAUCUCUUGCAUUGGCUCCUUUCUGUUGCGACGAACAUUGUGAGGAAGUGAUUAGGCAUGAAUCAGCUAGGAAUGUUAUUGUCGAACCCGGUGCACCAGCAAUGGGAGCUAAAAGUUUAUGUAUUCCAUUUACUUGUGAUUUCAAUCCGAAGUUGAUUUGUGGAACUCCAGCACCUGGUACACCUUGUUUCAACUCUGCACAUUGUUCUCGAAAAGCGGAGGCUUACACUUUAUUUGGUAGAAGUUAUUAA